GCAGGAUUCUGGGAAGGUUGUGAUCUGGAAUAUGUCUCCAGUCCUCCAGGAGGAUGACGAGAAGGAUGAAAAUAUUCCCAAGAUGCUUUGCCAGAUGGACAAUCACUUAGGUAUUACAGAGUGGCCCUUUGCAGGCUUUGCGUGUUGGCAGAGUGCCCAAGGUUAGCACAUGUGUUUGUAAUUAGAAAGAUAAGGCCCCGUGCGGCGGUAACUCCCCUCGGCCUGCUGUCUGAAGGCACAGAUGUUGGCUGCACACCUGGGUGAGUUAUUCGGCAGAAGACUCGGCCCGCCCACAGAACCAUCUUUGGACAGUCUGCAGCAUGUGUGAACUGUGUGCGGUGGUCAAACAGUGGGAUGUAUUUAGCUUCUGGGGGAGAUGACAAACUGAUUAUGGUGUGGAAGCGGGCUACGUACAUCGGCCCCAGCACCGUGUUCGGCUCCAGUGGUAAGCUUGCCAAUGUGGAGCAGUGGCGGUGUGUCUCCAUCCUCCGGAAUCAUUCAGGCGAACUUCCCACGUUCUGCUGUUUGUCCUGCUGAACAGAAUCAGUACCUUCAUCAGCGGAUCACUAAGUCCCACUGCACCAGGCGCUGAGGUUAGAGAAAUAACUAAGACUGCGCCCUUCACCCCUGAUGGCAGGAUAGGCAAGGUUGGCAUCAUCGUCACAGCGGACCCUCAUCGAUGCCUUGAUGUGAUGGAUGUAGCAUGGUCUCCCCAUGAUGCCUGGCUAGCCUCGUGCAGCGUGGAUAACACUGUCGUCAUCUGGAAUGCUGUAAAGUUCCCAGAAAUUCUGGCUACUCUGAGAGGUCAUUCUGGCUUGGUCAAAGGGUUGACAUGGGACCCUGUUGGUAAAUACAUAGCUUCUCAAGCUGAUGACCGCAGCUUAAAGGUGUGGAGGACGCUGGACUGGCAGUUGGAGACCAGCAUCACCAAGCCUUUUGAUGAGUGUGGAGGAACGACCCAUGUGUUGCGGCUCAGCUGGUCACCUGAUGGGCAUUACCUGGUGUCUGCCCAUGCCAUGAACAACUCAGGCCCCACUGCCCAGAUCAUCGAACGGGAGGGAUGGAAGACAAACAUGGACUUUGUUGGGCACCGGAAAGCUGUGACUGUUGUGAAAUUCAACCCAAAAAUCUUCAAAAAGAAGCAGAAGAAUGGGAGUUCUGCGAAGCCCAGCUGCCCGUACUGCUGCUGUGCUGUUGGCAGCAAGGACCGCUCGCUUUCUGUCUGGCUCACAUGUCUAAAACGGCCGCUGGUGGUCAUCCAUGAACUGUUCGACAAAUCCAUCAUGGAUAUUUCCUGGACUCUGAAUGGGCUGGGCAUCUUGGUGUGCUCUAUGGACGGCUCUGUGGCAUUCCUCGACUUCUCCCAGGAUGAGCUUGGCGAUCCCCUGAGCGAGGAGGAGAAGAGCCGCAUUCACCAGUCCACCUAUGGCAAGAGCCUAGCCAUCAUGACCGAGGCCCAGCUCUCCACAGCCGUCAUUGAGAACCCUGAAAUGCUCAAGUACCAGCGGAGGCAGCAGCAGCAGCAGCUAGACCAGAAGAGUGCCGCAACCAGGGAGAUGGGCUCAGCCACCUCAGUCGCAGGCGUCGUCAACGGGGAGAGUCUUGAAGAUAUCAGGAAGAAUCUUUUGAAGAAACAAGUUGAGACUCGGACGGCAGAUGGCCGGAGAAGAAUCACGCCUCUCUGCAUAGCACAGCUGGACACUGGGGACUUCUCCACGGCAUUCUUUAACAGCAUCCCCCUCUCGGGCUCCCUGGCGGGCACCAUGCUCUCUUCUCAUAGCAGUCCACAGCUACUGCCACUGGACUCCAGUACCCCUAACUCCUUCGGCGCCUCGAAGCCUUGCACAGAGCCUGUGGUGGCUGCCAGUGCCAGACCUGCAGGCGAUUCUGUCAAUAAAGACAGUAUGAAUGCUACCUCUACUCCUGCUGCAUUGUCACCGUCUGUGUUAACGACCCCGUCCAAGAUCGAACCCAUGAAAGCGUUUGACUCCCGGUUCACAGAGCGGUCCAAAGCCACACCAGGUGCUCCUGCCCUGACCAGCAUGACUCCGACAGCUGUGGAAAGGUUAAAAGAGCAGAACCUUGUGAAAGAGCUGAGGCCCCGAGACCUCCUGGAGAGCAGCAGUGACAGCGAUGAGAAAGUCCCUUUGGCUAAGCCUUCCUCACUGUCCAAGCGAAAACUUGAGCUUGAGGUAGAGACAGUAGAGAAGAAGAAGAAAGGGCGGCCUCGGAAGGACUCUCGUCUCAUGCCCGUGUCUCUGUCUGUCCAGUCUCCAGCUGCCCUAACCGCAGAGAAAGAGGCCAUGUGUCUGUCUGCACCAGCACUUGCACUGAAGCUGCCAAUUCCAGGCCCCCAGAGAGCAUUCACCCUCCAGGUCAGCUCCGAUCCCUCCAUGUACAUUGAGGUGGAGAAUGAAGUGACAGUGGUGGGGGGCGUGAAGCUGAGCCGCCUGAAGUGCAACCGGGAAGGGAAGGAGUGGGAGACGGUACUCACCAGCCGGAUCCUCACUGCUGCGGGCAGCUGUGACGUGGUGUGUGUCGCCUGUGAAAAAAGGAUGCUGUCAGUGUUCUCCACCUGUGGUCGCCGUCUCCUCUCUCCCAUCCUCCUGCCAUCCCCGAUCUCUACUUUGCAUUGCACAGGCUCCUACGUCAUGGCGCUCACCGCUGCAGCCACACUCUCUGUCUGGGAUGUUCACAGACAGGUGGUUGUGGUGAAAGAAGAGUCUCUACACUCCAUCCUGGCAGGAAGUGAUAUGACGGUAUCACAGAUCUUGCUGACGCAGCAUGGAAUCCCAGUAAUGAACCUGUCCGAUGGGAAGGCGUACUGCUUUAAUCCGUCACUUUCUACAUGGAACCUGGUUUCUGACAAGCAGGACUCACUGGCUCAGUGUGCAGACUUUAGGAGCAGCCUGCCAUCCCAGGACGCCAUGCUGUGCUCAGGACCGUUAGCCAUAAUCCAGGGCCGCACCUCCAACUCGGGAAGGCAGGCUGCCCGGCUCUUCUCCGUGCCUCAUGUGGUGCAGCAAGAGACCACCCUGGCCUACCUAGAGAACCAGGUGGCAGCAGCACUCACCCUGCAGUCCAGCCACGAGUACCGCCAUUGGCUCCUCCUCUACGCACGGUACCUCGUAAACGAAGGGUUUGAAUACCGACUUCGAGAAAUAUGCAAGGACUUACUGGGUCCGGUUCACUACUCCACUGGAAGCCAGUGGGAGUCAACAGUAGUGGGUCUGCGGAAGAGGGAGCUGCUGAAGGAGCUGCUACCAGUCAUCGGGCAGAACCUCCGAUUCCAGCGCCUCUUCACCGAGUGUCAGGAACAGCUCGACAUCCUGAGGGACAAGUAGCCUGCCCCAGCCUGCCCUGGCUGCAGCAAGGGCAGGGCCACACUCUCGCCGCUGAUGACAUGCAGGACCACCUCUCACCUGACCAGGCUGUAAGGGGAGGAGACACUGGCAGGAGAUGUGCUGUCCUGCACCAGCGCCAGCCCAGCUCCCUGGGCAGAUGUGCCCUGUGUCCUGGGCCUGACAUUGCCUCAGGAGGGGGAAGCUCGUCCCUCCCUCCAAGCCCCCGAUGUGGAGCUAGGGCUGGAGCUCUGCCCAGGUGCCCUGGGGCCAGCAAGGCAGUCCCAGGCCUGCCGUCUCCAGCACGGCCCCAAGGUGGACACUAGCCCCUGCUGCUGCAGGUGCUAUGCUGCUUCAGCAGUGACGAUUGAGCCAUGUGUGAGAGAAUCCGGAAGCGUUAGGUAUUACAGCAGACUGACCUGAGACCUAUGUAAAAGGAAAGCUGUUCCAACACACGGACUAUUUUUGUACUAGAAUUUGCUAACUUGUAAUAUUGAAUUUCCUUUGGCCGAUAAUCAGGAUUUCCCUAUAAGUCAGUUGGACAUUGGUCACUUGUAGGAAAUUUAAACUCUAAUUAUGACAGCUACACUGAAAAAUAAUUGUACUGAAAUUAACUUGUCUAUCUUCAUUUGGUUUUAAUUUUUAAAUGUUUGUAAAAAGAGACUGUUUUGGGGGAAUGGGGCAAAGGGGUGGGCAAUUUCUUUUGUAAGUGUAAAAUAAAUGAACACACAUUGAAUACCAAA